GUUGUUUUGUUGCGUCACGUCCUACUACUCGUCACGCACUUCCCACUGAAAGGAGAGCUGCUGUGUUUGUUAUCGAGUUGCCAUCAGUAUUCUCUCAUCGCUGCUGAUAUUCUGCUGUCAGAUAAAGCGCUAAUAUGUUCUCCUUCAACAUGUUUGAGCCCCAUGUGGGCCGGGUUUUCCAGAACCGUUUCUCCACUCAGUACCGGUGUUAUUCUGUGUCCAUGCUGGCAGGACCCAACGACCGCUCAGAUGUGGAGAAAGGAGGAAAGAUAAUUAUGCCCCCGUCUGCUUUGGACCAGCUAAGCAGACUUAACAUCACAUACCCCAUGCUGUUCAAACUCACCAACAAGAAUUCAGACAGAAUGACACACUGUGGUGUUCUGGAGUUUGUGGCAGAUGAAGGCAUCUGUUACCUCCCUCACUGGAUGAUGCAGAACUUGUUGUUGGAGGAGGGUGGUUUGGUGCAGGUGGAGAGUGUGAAUCUCAUGGUGGCCACAUACUCCAAAUUCCAGCCGCAGAGUCCAGACUUCCUGGAUAUCACAAAUCCCAAAGCUGUAUUAGAAAAUGCUUUGAGGAAUUUCGCCUGUUUGACCACAGGAGACGUAAUCGCUAUCAAUUAUAAUGAAAAGAUUUAUGAGUUACGUGUCAUGGAGACCAAACCAGACAAGGCUGUGUCCAUCAUUGAGUGUGAUAUGAAUGUGGACUUUGAUGCUCCUCUUGGUUACAAAGAACCAGAGAGACACAUGCAGCAUCCUGAAGAACCAACAGAAGAGGAGACGGAUCCCAGUAACUAUGAGAUGGACAUCGGUUUCAGAGCCUUUACCGGUUCUGGAAAUCGUCUAGAUGGGAAGAAAAAAGGCAUUGAACCCAGUCCAGCACCCCUCGAUCCCAGUGACAUCAAACGAGGAAUUCCUAACUAUGAUUUCAAAAUGGGAAGGAUCACCUUCAUCCGUAACUCCAGACAACAGCCCCGCAAAACUGAAACAGAUGAUACAAUCAGUAACUUCAUUGCGUUCUCUGGGGAAGGACAGUCCCUGCGCAAAAAAGACAGAAAACCCUGAUUACACAUGUACAGUUGACUUGAACACAGAAAGUCAACUACUGUUUGGUUUUUUGUGCUCUUUUUGAACUACCGUAUACUCAACAUUUAUUUGAUGACACACACCUGAUUUUUCCAUAAGGACCUCACUGAUGUUUCUCUGCACAUGACAAAUGAUGUUUUACAAAUGGUUUGGCAUACUGAAUCCCCCUUUUCAUAUAUUAGGAAACACAAUCCAGUGACCAACACUUGUUCUGUAACAUUUAUAUGCAUAAAACUUUGAAUUAUUUCAAUAAAGUUCAUCCUGCAAUUCAUCAGACUUGUUCUUUA